CCGGAAGUGAAGCUGCAGUAGAACCGGAAGUGAAGCUGUAGCAGAAUAACAGCAUGGCUGUAGCAGACCUCCUCAGCAGAUCAGAGUUGGUGAAACAGGGAGCAGAAGCUCGGCUCUACCGGACAGUGUUUCUGGGAAAGCCCACUAUAGUUAAAGAAAGGUUCCGGAAACAUUACAGACACCCGGAGCUGGACCAGAAGCUGACUCACCGGAGGACCGUCCAGGAGGUCCGGUCCAUCCUGCGCUGCCGCCGGGCCGGCAUCUCUGCCCCUGUAGUGUAUUUUGUGGACUACACAUCCCACUGCAUUUUCUUGGAGGAAAUCGUUGGUUCCUCGACUUUGCGCGACCACAUCGCCUCCACUCGGGGGUCCGAUUCCCCUAAGGAGCUGGAGCGGCUGGCCAAGCGGGUCGGACACGUCCUGGCCAGAAUGCACGACGAGGACGUCGUCCACGGAGACCUGACCACCUCCAACAUGCUGCUGAGACGCGGCCCGGAGGACGGAGAGUCGGACCUGUUCCUCAUCGACUUCGGCCUGAGUUACAUCUCCGCCCUGCCAGAGGAUAAGGGGGUGGACCUGUACGUGCUGGAGAAGGCCUUCCUCAGUACCCACCCCAACACGGAGGCGCUGUUUGAGACGCUGCUGAAGAGCUACGCCGCCUCAUCCAAGAAGUCGUCAGCCGUCAUUAAAAAGCUGGAUGAGGUUCGGUUGAGAGGGAGGAAGAGGUCGAUGGUGGGAUGAAGAUCCAGUACAGGGACAAACCUCUCUGGAAGUUAUGUUUCUACAAAUAUAUUAUUAUGACUACAAAGAUGUUACUGUACAAAAAAGAAAUAAAGUGUUGUGUAAUAAAUGUUUUUCUCUUCUUA